AAGCCUGUUUUAGACGCCCUCCAAUCCUUGGCUCGUUUAGAACACGGACCUCUACGCUUAUUGGGAGUUCAUCUUGCCUUACGGCUCUAGGGCGCUUUUUACGGCAUUUUCCGGCCUCCCAUUCACUUCGCUGUGAAGAUGGCGUCGGGCAGCGGGACAAAAAACUUGGACUUUCGCCGAAAGUGGGACAAAGAUGAAUACGAGAAGCUCGCCGAGAAGAGGCUUACAGAAGAGAGAGAAAAGAAGGAUGGAAAACCUGUACAGCCAGUCAAGCGGGAGCUUUUGCGGCACAGGGACUACAAAGUGGACCUGGAAUCCAAGCUUGGGAAGACAAUUGUCAUUACCAAGACCACCCCACAGUCAGAGAUGGGAGGUUAUUACUGCAAUGUUUGUGACUGUGUGGUGAAGGACUCCAUCAACUUUUUGGAUCACAUUAAUGGAAAGAAACAUCAACGAAACCUGGGCAUGUCUAUGCGUGUUGAACGUUCUACACUGGAUCAGGUGAAGAAACGUUUUGAAGUCAACAAGAAGAAGAUGGAAGAGAAACAAAAGGAUUAUGAUUUUGAGGAAAGGAUGAAGGAGCUCAGAGAAGAGGAGGAAAAGGCCAAAGCAUACAAAAAAGAGAAACAGAAGGAGAAGAAAAGGAGGGCUGAGGAGGACUUAACAUUUGAGGAAGAUGAUGAGAUGGCAGCUGUGAUGGGCUUCUCUGGCUUUGGUUCUACCAAGAAGAGUUACUGAAGAUUUCUUUGCUUGGCCUAACUUUGGCCUAUGUUGGACCUAACUUUGUGCGUGUUGAGGGCGGUGGUGGGGAGGCAUUUCUUUUUGGGUACUGGGAAAGGUCCUUAAGAGUGUCAUUGGGGAGGGCUAGAGGGUGGGCAUUGGUUGAUUUUCCUCUACCUUGGGAGAGGGCAUAGGAUGCAGAGGUAGUAUGGCGUAUUCCUUCAGCCUCGGUCUACCACUGGAGUCACAGGACCUCUGCCCAUCUGAGUUCCCAAUAAAGAAAAACCUCCCCUUCUGAGCUUUCCCGAAACUUCCCCUGCAUCUUUCCCUCUUCAUCUCUCCAACCUUUGUUUCAGUAUCCUACCUUUAUCCUAUGUUCUGCCUUUAAUUUUGACUCUUGUUCAGCCUGCAACAGAAGGGUUCUCUGGGUCCCUCGGUUUCCAGUUGAUUGCGUAUCCUUGGCCAGCCCCUCCUCCCGCCCAACUCCUGGUUCUCUAGCCAACUGUGCAUGCAUGUGUACUUCUGCCUGGGUCAGUGGUGUGUAUGGAUGUGUGUGCAUGAAUCUGUCACAUAGAGGGGCUGGAGCUAGACUCUCAGAGCAUUGCUGCCCUGGGGUGUGAUGUUCUCAGCUUCUUCAGAGCAUGUAACAGGAAAUUAAAUGGGAUGAGUGUUUGGUGUGGUUUGUGUCUGGUAAGUUUUUUUUAACAUUGUUCAGAUACAGACUACUUCAGCUUCUGCUAGUUUCAUUUUACUGAAGAUUUUUCUUUUUGUCAUCCUUUUGAGAAAGGUUUUGGAGUAACCUGAUGAAACAAAACAAAAAACCCCCAAAACUUCACUAUGGAAUCUCUUAGUCUCGGGCUGCUGACAUACAUAAUAAAUGGCGUUGAUUAGGGCCUGUUU